GGCGGCGCCGAGGGGACCGGCGGCCCUGGCGAGAGCGCGCCCAGCCCCGCCGCGAUGCCCGCGCGCCCCGGACGCCUCCUCCCGCCGCUGCCCCGGACGCUGGCCCUGGCCGCGCUGCUGCUCCCGCUGCUGCUGGGCGAUGGCGGCGGCGGGCGCCGGGGCGCCUGGGCGCAGGAGCCGGGCGCGGGCGGGCCCCCGGAGGCGGACGGCGGGACCGAGGAAGACCCGCACGCCAAGCACCUGUACACGGCCGACAUGUUCACGCACGGGAUCCAGAGCGCCGCGCACUUCGUCAUGUUCUUCGCGCCCUGGUGUGGACACUGCCAGCGGCUGCAGCCAACAUGGAACGACCUGGGAGACAAGUACAACAGCAUGGAAGAUGCCAAGGUCUUCGUGGCUAAAGUGGACUGCACGGCUGAGUCGGACGUGUGCUCUGCUCAGGGGGUGCGAGGAUACCCCACCUUGAAGUUUUUCAAGCCUGGCCAAGAAGCUGUGAAGUACCAGGGUCCUCGGGACUUCCAGACGCUGGAGACCUGGAUGCUGCAGACCCUGAGCGAGGAGCCCGCCACCCCAGAGCCAGAGGUGGAACCACCACGCGCGCCGGAGCCGGAGCAGGGGCUGUAUGAGCUCUCAGCCAGCAACUUUGAGCUGCACGUCGCACAGGGUGACCACUUUAUCAAGUUCUUCGCUCCAUGGUGUGGUCACUGCAAAGCUCUGGCUCCAACCUGGGAACAGCUGGCUCUGGGCCUUGAACAUUCUGAAACUGUCAAGAUUGGCAAGGUUGAUUGUACGCAGCACUAUGAACUCUGCUCAGGUAACCAGGUUCGGGGCUACCCUACUCUUCUCUGGUUCCGAGAUGGCAAAAAGGUUGAUCAGUACAAAGGAAAGCGGGAUUUGGAGUCGCUGAGAGAGUAUGUGGAUGCACAGCUGCAGAGUAUGGAGGGGGACGCCCCAGAGACCAUCAAGCCUUCCGAGGCCCCAGUGCUGGCCACAGAGACCACGGCUGACAAGGGCAUCGUGUUGGCACUCACAGAAAGUAACUUCGAUGACACCAUUGCAGAAGGAAUAACCUUCAUCAAGUUUUAUGCUCCGUGGUGUGGUCAUUGUAAGAAUCUGGCUCCUACUUGGGAGGAACUCUCUAGAAAGGAAUUCCCUGGUUUGGCAGAGGUCAAGAUCGCUGAAGUGGACUGUACCGCUGAGCGGAACAUUUGCAGCAAGUACUCGGUACGAGGAUAUCCCACUCUGUUACUUUUCCGUGGAGGAGAAAAAGUCAGUGAGCACAGUGGAGGCAGAGACCUUGACUCACUGCACCACUUUGUUCUGCGCCAGGCAAAAGACGAACUAUAAAGACGCAGGUGGGAGUCACCUCUACUGCCUGGCCUCCUGUGCCCAGCACAGGAGCUAAGUCACGUGGGUGUUGCUGAGUUUCAAACGGUGGUUUUUCAGAAAGCUGAAUGUACUCAACUUGUGGUAUCUUCUUUGUGUGUGUGUGUGCGUGUGUGUGUGUGUAUGUGUGUCUUUAAGCCAACACACUCUACUGAUUCUUUAUUAAGUUUCUCUAAGUAAACAUGUAACUCAUGAUUCCUUUGCAAACCAAAUAUUUUCAGUGGCAAUCUGUCAUCCCCUUUAACCUUCUCUUGAUGAAAUCUAAAUGGUUUCCUUUGAGACUAAAAUAGAGUUGAGGAAAGUCAAA